GCAACCGAGAAUUAAUGGCGGCUUUGUUAGGUCUCUGCUAUACAAGGUACAUGUAUAAACCAGUUUGCUCAGAUUGUGUUAAAAAGCCAUAAUGUGAGUGGUUAACAUACCGCAGCAGUGAGUCAGCUUCCCGUGGGAGAUUUCUCUGCUAAACCUGUGCUGGAUCGGAUUCUAUCACUCGGACUAUAUCGGAAGCUCUCAUUCUGCCGCUUGAUUCAUUAACUGUCUGUUCCAAGUCAGAACGAAAGACGAGGAGUGUUUCUCUGCCUUACCAUAAUGCCUUUUUAUGUAAAGAAAAUAAAACACAAACUCCUUUUCCUGUGGAUUUUUCUUCUUGUCAUGCAGGUGUGUGCUGAAUUACCGAAAUGGGUUCACCGCGUAAACAAGUGCCCUCCUUCAAACAAUUUAUCUGCAUGGAUGGAUGCUUCAGACAAACUUAACUGCCUCCAUAGUUUGACUUCGUUGGAUCCUAAGGAACAGAAAAUGGUUUAUCAUUGUAUUCCAAGUGUAUUUCUAAACGAAUCUGUGGAAUUUUGUGGGAGAAAUGAGCCAAUGCAAGCAGGAAACUGUCCUAUUUACAACUAUAGAUAUGCACCCAAUACAUCACCCAGCUACUACAAGUGUACUCAUUUUAAACGUGGAUGCCCAUCGAAAAUGUUUUUCUCCAAAGAAGUUUAUAAAUACAGAGAAUGCCUGGAGAUCAACACUCUGGGAAACUGUUAUCUUGAGGAACCUAAAUGUCGAGAAAAAAGGAAUAGGGUACUGCAAAGUUCAACUGAAACAUACCAGAACAGCACCAACCUAAGGAUAUCGGAAACAGACAAUUACAUUAACUGGGUAUUGGUCACUGGAGUAUACCUGACACUCAUGCUGGUCCUCUGCACUUUUCUCAUCAUACUUAAGCACUAUGGACCAAAUAUUCUGCACAGGAGCAAACCUUCAAUUUAUGAGGAAGUUGAACUUCGUCAACUUGACGACGGCGAAGAAGAAAUGUCCGUAACAGGAUUAGCAGAAUCCGUUACUGCAGCUAAGACCUUAAACUUUAAGGUUUUUAUGAACGAAUUAGCCUCUGAAAUGGACGAGGAAUAUUGUCAAAGCAUAAAGUACCUGGUUACAGAUCUUCAUAACGACAUUUGUAAGGUAUGUCAUCCAAGCGAACUUCUCCACCUUAUGAAUAGGAAGUACUGCCUUCAAAAUAACUUGGUUUUCCUCCAGGCAUUAUUUCUACGGACAAACGCCAGAUGCCUUUUUGAAAAAUGUAUAGACUAUGGAAGAAAAGCUAAAGUGAUUUUUCUUGAAAUUCAAGAAAAGGGUCAAACAGCGAAAGACGGGCAUUCUUACGUCAUAGUUUGUCCUAGAAAAGAUUUCCACACCGAGGCAGAUCUUCGAUCACUAUCGGAAGUUGUUCAAAGAAUUCUUCAAGUGAAAGAAUCCAAUAUUUACAUUGAAGGAUUUGAUAAUGGAUAAAUUGGGAUCGUCAUCAAAAUAUCAAUGGAGGGGCGGUAAAAGUUUAGUUUCGUCACCUGACAUUUCCUUCCAAUCACACUCACUCUGGAAAUACUUAUAGUUGAAUGUUGAAUUAACAUUCCUUUUGGGAUGCCAAAGACAUGCUGAGAAGUAUUUGAAAUUUGUGUAUAACCCAUUUCAAUUUUGAACCAUGAGGGCAUAUAUGUUUUACCAACACUUCUAGUGUAAAAUGUUCCUUUGUUUGUUAGGGUACCUAGAAAGUAUCAUUAGAGUAAACUAUUACCAUCAAUAUGAGGCUCAAAGGCACCGGGAUCCACCUCUAGUGUUUCCAGAGGUCCUGCUGUCAAUUUUGUAUUCUUGAUAGGAUUUAUGAGAUUGGUGAAUGUACGUUAUCUUUGCCUUAUUCAUUUUUAACACCGGUACAAAUACAAUUGUAGAAGAAAACAUAUAUAUAUUAUAGCAAUAUGUGUACUAAAAUCAUGCAAUAACAAAAUGAAUUUAAGGAAAGUCCGUGCUUUUACGUAUCCGGUUUUAAAUUUUAAACACCGACUAGAAAGUUCCAGUUAUAACUUCUUUGUCUGAUGUUUGUAGUUUACGAGAACUGUACGAGUCAAAUUUAGCAUUCAAAUGUGAAUCGUAGAUAUAGUUAACUUGAAUUAUUAUAGUAUCAAGUCCUCACUAGCUCCAAUGGUGCAAAGCAAUGUAAUAUCUACAUUGAUCACUAAAAGGCUCAUAGCUUGCAAUCUAAGCCUGAACAAGUUAAAAAUCAUACAUAGGCGUGACCCUCACAGUGGAAUUCAAACUGUUUUUAGUGAGUUUGUGUUUGGUUCAAAGAAACCCAGAAUUAUAAAUCCUCAGAAAAUCAUCAGCAAAGUUGUUGAAUAUUUGAACUCUUCUUCACAAGUACUUUCAAGAAACAAAAUUAUUUGUACAUGAGCUGUAGUUGCUAGAAUCUACACAUAUGUUACACUAUAUUUAUUUUUUCUAUAAGUAUGAGAUAGCAUGUAGGUAUUUUUAUGUAUGAUAUGAUUGAUAGCCAAACAAAAAAAGAAUAACACACACACCAAAAAAAUUGUGAGAAAAGUAAGGGGUGGGGGAGCCCCCCUCCCCCCUCCCCCCCCCCCUUGUCUUCCAAUUGUCUGGUAGGACAAAAUUUUCAGUAUGCUUUACAUAUAUAUAUAUAUAUUGUCAUAUUCUGUUAAUCUUGAUUUUAAGACUGUAUUUGCUGUUACAAUGUACUCUUUUCAAAGUGUGUAAAGAAUAAUUGUAAAACUUAAAUUUAAAAAUGGGGGUUUACGUAUUCAAGAGACCAUUUUGCAAAAUAUCUCUGGUCAACUACGGUAAAAUAUGUUUUUUUGUUAACCUUAGAUAUAAUUCUAAAUAUUUUUAAAGAAAAACUGGCAUGUAAACAAUUUAGAUUUUGAGAAUUUUUCAAAAUUGCGAUAUUCUGUGAUUUUUUUCUGAAGGAUGUGAGCAGAUUAAACAGCAAUUGUGUAUGUUUUAAAUUGAAUAUCUUUAAAAAUUCUCUCGGUAAAUGAAUAGCUAUUGGUUUUUAUAUAUUAUAGCUUAAUAUGAUGUGCUUUGGUGCAUAUUUUUAGUAAAACAUGAGAUCAUGCA